AUGAAUGAAAAAAACAUGUAUGUAAUAAUGUACAUCCUGGUAUUGGCCUUGAACGUGCUGCAGUUGAUCAUAUACAAGAAUUACUUAUACGAAUUCUUUUCGAAAUGUUGGAAUGUCGACCUCAGAAAAUUGAGGAUAUGGAGCGAUUUUCAAGAAACCAAUGAAGCAUUCCAUAAUUUAUCGUCAAAAAAACUAUAUGAUAAACGUAAUGCAAAUUCUCGUAAUAUAGUUUCACUUGUUCAUGCUCUACAGUCCAAGAUAAAGGAACAUCUUGGAUAUAAAGUUGAUGAAAAAGUUGCUUUGUAUAUAUUAUCAGUGAUGGAAUAUGUUACUGUUGAUAUUCUUAAAUGGACUGGAAAUUACGUGAAAAAUAUUAGAAAAGGUGAUGCAACAAUUGGUUUACAAAAUUUGAAAAUAGCGUUGAAUGCAGACAAGAAUUUGAUGGAGUUAAUUGAGAUGUUAUAUAAUGAAGAUGAAACAUCAACAGCGGGAAUUUUGGAUGAGGUUACAGAUGAAAACUGGAAAAUUACACAAGAAUUAUCGUAUGAAAAACUUUCUCGAGAUUUGAAUCAUGAUGAGGAACAGUAUUUGCGUGAUUUGAAUCUUAUUGAUCAUGUGUUUCGUCGCCGUUUCGAGUCUGCUUUUGGUCUUCAAAACAAGCAUUAUUUGGAUGAAAUAUUUGGCAAUAUUCUGGAAAUUUAUGAGUUAACUGUCAAGGUACAAAGGAUGCUGGAAGAUGCUGUAGAGAUGUCUGAUACACCAUGUGUUGGUGCUGGCCUAUGGGAAUUAGGGGAAGCGCAUGAAUUUGAUGUUUAUCUAACGUAUAUGGCAGAAGAUCGAUCUUAUAGUUUGACCCCUGGUUGUAAAACAUUUCGCUUAGCUGUAAAAUAUGUUUUGCCGACUCUACUUCAAAUUCCCGUCAUACAUUUUUUCAAAUAUUUAGAAUAUAUAAAUUUAUUAAUUCAUUUAUCCAAAGUUGAAGAUGAACUCGAAGAUCUGAAAAAUGUUAAAAGCUAUUUCAGCGGUUUGGCUGUUAAAAUUGACUUCUGUUGUCCUAAUGCCCUCAAACAGCGCGUGAAAAGUGAACAAAUUACUCGUGGAUUAUCUGAAUCGAGUAGAUCGCAGCAACUUCGUAGAAUUCAAGAAAUACAAAAGAGUAUUGAACUAUGGGAAGGAAAAGAAAUUGGCUAUUCAUGUUCAGAAAUAAUAAGAGAGACAGUAAGAAAAGGUCGUGGAGCUACUGAUCGGCAUGUUUUCUUAUUUGAUCAUCUUUUGGUUCUUACUAAGGUACAGCGUUAUACAAAGUUUGAUAGACCUGUUUAUAAAUAUAAAACAAAGGUGCUGAUUCGCAAAACGGAUAUUUUUGAUUUAAACGAUUCUGAAGAAUUGCAAAAUGCUUUUAAAAUCGAGACCAGAUCCUCAUGUCGGGAACGUGCUCCAGCUAAUGCAUGGAUUCUUUUUUGCAAAUCAGCAGAAGAGAAGUAUAGCUGGAUGUCGGAUUUGGUUUUUAUUCAAUCCAAGAGCUUAUUGGAUCGUAUGUUAGACAGCUUACUGAAAGAAGAAGAAAAGCGAAUACCUCUAAUUCUUCCUGGAAUUGACCAGUAUAGGUUUGCUGAUCAAGAUUGCGAUGAUAAUAUUGCGUUUGAAGACUAUACAUCUAGCAGUGGAAUACCAGUUGUAAAGCAUGCUACAGUUCUGAAGCUGGUAGAAAGGCUGACGUACCAUCUAUACACUGAUAAUAAUUAUGUACGCACGUUUUUAACAACAUAUCGUUCGUUCUGUCAGCCAUCUGAACUUCUUCAACUGCUUAUCGAAAGGUUUAAUGUACCGAUUCCUCAUCAGCUUCAAAUUGUGGAAGAGUUGACAGUUUCUCCUCAUCUCAGAUUUUGCAGAGGUCCAUUGAACGGUCCAUAUGCGACGGUUCAUUCUCAAGGACUUUCUGGUCAUCCACCUCCUCUAACAUGGCUUCGAAUUGAACAAAGCUAUCAAAGGUUUAGAAAGGAAUAUCAAAGGCCAAUUCAAUGCAGAGUGUUGAGUGUAAUAAGGCAGUGGGUUAAUGGUCACUGGUACGAUUUCGAGAAUGAUUCCGUCCUUCUCGAUAAUUUGUCAUCCUUUCUCGAUGCAGCUGAUCGACAAGGAAAAAUUGUUUGGCAUGUUGCAAAAAAGGGUGAAAUUGAUACGUAUGAUUUGCUUACAUUACAUCCUCUUGAGAUUGGGCGACAGUUAACUCUUUUGCAAUUUGAUUUAUAUCGAGCCAUCAAGCCUGUAGAAUUGGUUGGAUCCGCUUGGACAAAGCGAGAUAAAAAUGAGAGGAGUCCGCAGCUUCUAAAACUUGUUGAUCAUAGUACAAUGUUAACUUAUUGGGUGGCACGGUCAAUAGUUGAAACACCAUCAUUAGAAGAGCGUGUCAGUAUGUUUUCAAGGGUACUGGAAGUUAUGAUGGUUUUUGAAGAGCUCAAUAAUUUCACUGGACUUGUCGCUUUAUAUUCUGCUUUAAAUAGCAGUUCUGUAUAUCGUUUAAAGGCUUGUUGGGAACGGCUUGACCGAGAAAAACAAAUAUCCUAUGAAAAAUUCAAAAAACUUUGUAAUCCACAUUGGAAGGAGAUGAUUGAAAGACUCAAAAGUAUUAAUCCACCUUGCGUUCCAUUCUUUGGGCAUUAUUUAUCCAAAAUUUUUUUCUAUGAAGAAGGCAACAGCACUUUUGUACAAAAUCAUGAUGAAGAUUUAUCUCAUGAACAGAUUGCUGGGGAACAAUUAUCACAUCAUUCUUCAUCGAAUCGUAAAGUCAUGGUAUCGUUUGUGAAAUGUCGUCGUAUCGCUUCAAUAAUAAGCGAUAUUCAAAUGUAUCAGAAUCAGCCAUUUGCGCUUCAGGUGGAACCUUCCAUUCGGGUCGUAAAAAUUUUUCAUUAA